AUGCGCAAAGGAAACAAAGUGACCCGAGUCUGUUUAAUUCGUGUGCACGAUCAUAUUAUCAUUCUGGAUUCCCAAAAGAGGACUUACUUAGACAUCUACAAGAUGGAUUUGGCGGAGACAAUGAAGAGCGUACUGGCUAAAAGUACGGGCAGUUCCAGUGGCGCGGCUAGUACUUCCAGCUCGGCAACCCCGCACGGUGCCGAGGGAUAUGUCACAGAAAAGUUAUAUAUGCUACUGCAACUCUAUCUACAGAAUAAAGGCUGGAGUCCGAGCAUAGAACUUUUACAGUGCUUUAGUGAUCUGAAAGAAUCUUCCAUGCUACCUAGUGCUGCUUAUUUACAAAUGAUGGCUUCAAGAGUGGGUUUAGACACACAAGGUAGACUGAUACUUCGUGAGAAUGGCAAAAUAAUAUUGCCUUAUGAGCAUUUUGCCAAUGCUGUGAUGUUGAAGCACAUGAAUGGACCUCAUGGACUUCAUCUAGGAUUAGAAGCUACUGUCAGAGCUGUUGUAGAAUCAUAUACCAUAGGGCGGGAGCAAUUUGGAAUGGAGAAGGAGUUCAUUGUAGAAGUAGUUCAGAACUGCCCUAACCCUGCUUGCCGGUACUACAAAAAUCAACUGGAAAUGACACAGAAGUCAAUACAGCAACAUUUGUCUCAGCAGCCUACAUACAUACCUGAUGCGGGUGCGUCAAGUCUUCCUGACAACCAGGCAGUCGAACGCUUAUUGCGGAGCACUGCCUUAGCACAAGAUUAUCAGCUUCCUCUUACACCCCACCUUGCCGCGCUCAGUAGUCUGUCAGGCGAUAAAUCUGAUCGUCGCAGUCAGGAUAAGUUGACACAACAUCAACAAAUGCUUCUUCAGCAUCAGAAUAGGUCACUAGGUCACCAAUCAUCGAUUGACAAGUAUGGACACUCACAGCAACGUUCAUCUGGAUCUUCACAAGCCGGCCUCGAUUCCAAGUCUAAACAUCAUUAUAGUGAUGAACAUAAACUGACAGACUUUUUGAGAGCGAACUUGGAUAGCUUGGAGUCGCUGUCCGGAGGCGUGAGCGCAGUGGGCCCUGUAGCCCACAGCGAGCGCAGCGGGGCGAGCGCGGGCGCGGCGGGCGCGGGGGGCGCGGUGGGCGGGGCGGGCGGCGGGGCGGGCGGCCAGGAGCGCGUGGUGCGCGCCUUCGCCGAGCUGGCGCGCAACCUGCAGCGCAUGCGGCCCUGCGUGCGCCCCGCCAUGUGCAAGCCCUACGGCAAGCAGAGCGAACAGUUGCAGAAAAUUCUGUUGGACACUAUUCAGUUGGUCCAGUCACUGCGAAGCUACUUGCCGCCGCCACACAUCCAAGUCACAUCAUGGAAAAAUGAUGAUAAACUUCGCUCAAACAACAUGGAGGAAUUGGAGAGCCGCAAGAUAGUGAGCGGCAACUAG